GUACUUCUCAACGUGGAAACCAGUGUAUGAUCCCCCCAUUACACAAAAAAAUAAAUAAACACUCUUUACUCUGCUUUACUUACGUUUAAAAAAAGAUAUAUUUGAGUUGAUUGAAAGAUGCCUAUGCUGGUUCUAGUAGAUAAUUCCUUCUAAAUAAUUGUACGCAGUUUGAAAUCAUUCGUCGUGCUGCUUCUCAGACCUGCUUUUAAAUUUGAUCCUGCUCUGUUAAUCUUUAUUGUUGAUCAUCUAAUUGAUUGAUUUUGUAAUUUCAAGCCUUUGUUUCUUAAUGGGUUCUAUCAGAAACAGCAUAAGAUCUAUGGGGUUUGUAGCUGGGUGGUGGUUGUUGUUGUUGUUGUUGUUAUAUUGUUAUCCAGUGAGUGGAAUCGGAGUAAACUGGGGAACACAGGCUACGCAUCCUUUGCCGGCUUCAACGGUGGUACGGAUGCUAAAAGAUAAUGGGUUUGACAAGGUUAAGUUAUUCGAUGCUGAUAACAAGAUUUUUAAUGCACUUUCCAACUCCGGAAUUCAAGUGAUGGUGGGUAUCCCUAAUGAAAUGCUUUACACUCUUGCCAAUGAUGUCCAGGCAGCUGAAGAUUGGGUUACUAAGAAUAUUUCGACUCAUGUCUCUUCCAAUUCUGUUGACAUCAGGUAUGUUGCAGUUGGAAACGAACCGUUUCUCUCAACUUUCAAUGGAACUUUCCUUAAUACAACUCUUCCUGCUCUUCAAAAUAUACAGGCAGCUCUUAUAAGAGCUGGUUUGAGCGCUCGGGUGAAAGUCACUGUCCCCCUCAACGCUGAUGUUUACGAAAGCCAAUCAAAUCUCCCUUCUGAAGGUGACUUCCGGUCAGACAUUCGUGAUCUAAUGGUGGAGAUUACUAAGUUUUUAAGUGACAAUGGGGCUCCUUUUACUGUAAACAUCUACCCCUUUAUUAGUCUCUAUAGCGACUCCAAUUUUCCCAUUGACUUUGCCUUCUUCGAUAACAACAAUUCUGCUCCAAUAAAUGAUGGUGGAAGAGUGUAUCAAAAUGUGUUUGAAGCUAACUAUGACACCCUUGUCUGGGCUUUACAGAAAAAUGGAUUUGGUAACUUACCCAUAAUUGUUGGGGAAGUUGGAUGGCCUACUGAUGGAGACAAAAAUGCAAAUCUCAUUUAUGCCCAACGCUUCAACCAAGGGUUUAUGUCGCACGUAAAUGGUGGACAAGGAACGCCAAUGAGAGCAGGCCCCCUGGAUGCCUAUUUAUUUAGUCUUAUUGAUGAAGAUGCCAAAAGCGUUCAGCCAGGUAAUUUUGAACGCCAUUGGGGUUUAUUUUACAUUGAUGGAAAACCUAAGUACCAACUUAACCUUGUACCAAACAAGAAUGGUUUGGUUGCUGCAAAGGGUGUACAUUAUCUUGCUCAAAAAUGGUGUGUUAUGUCACCUUCUGCAAGCCUUGAUGAUCCACAAGUUCCACUUAGUGUGAGUUACGCUUGUGCAAAUGCUGAUUGCACAAGUUUAGGUUAUGGAGCUUCUUGCUCAAAUUUGGAUGCCCGUGGAAACGUUUCCUAUGCCUUUAACACUUAUUACCAGAGGAAUAAUCAACUUGACUCUGCCUGCCGGUUUCCAAAUCUUUCCGUCAUCACCACCAGCAAUCCAUCCGUGGGAGAUUGCCAAUUUAGGAUCAUGAUCCAAACGACUGCCAGUGUUGGCGGGAGGUUAGUUGUUUCUAUAACAAUGCAUACUGCUCUGCUGGUGUUGGUGUUUCUGUUUCCGUUUACAAUGCGGUAAAAUAUUAAGGCGUGAAUUCUCUACGUAUAGACUUGUAUAAUUAUUAUUUGACA